AGUCGACAAAACAAAAAAAAAAAAAUUUCUAGUGCUAAAGAAGAAACGCAAUGUAUUGGUUGAAAUUCACAAGUUUAGGGCUUCUAUGCCUUCUUAUCAGCUGCUGGAGUGCAUUGGCCAAAUUGGAGGAGAGAUUCUCUUGGAAGCAAUUAACCUUCGAUUGGCCCAGCCCACAGGCCGAGGCGGAGGCCAAAGCAUCUGGCCAUUACAUUGAGGAGAAUAACCUGCCAUUAGGCUUGGAGCGUUGGCAAAAUAAAAUUUUUGUCACUGUGCCAAGAUGGAAGGCUGGUGUGGCGGCUACUCUUAAUUAUAUUGAUCUCUCGUCGACUGAGAAAUCACCAAGACUGCGUCCCUAUCCCAGUUGGGAGGAUAACAAGCUACCGAUUGAAGUGCAACCUCAAGAGCAGAAGACACCAUCCGGUGGUCGUUUAGAUGCCGAAAAGGCAUCCGAUGCUAGCGUUGAGCUACAAAAUAAUUCCACAAUCAUUUCAACUUUCCGCAUUCAAGUGGAUGUCUGCGAUCGCUUGUGGGUCUUGGAUACGGGUUUGGCUGAUAUUUUGGGUAAUCCCAAACAGAUUACACCAAAUUCGAUACUAGUUUUUGAUCUUAAGACGGAUAAAUUGUUGCGUCGUUUUACCAUACCAGCCGAUCAGACCAAAGCGGACACCUUCUUUGCCAAUAUUGUGGUUGAUUCAGAUCGAUCGGAAUGCGAUAAUGCCUAUGCCUAUGUUCCGGAUUUGGGAGCCUAUGGAGUGAUUGUCUAUUCCCUGCGCAAUGACAAAUCGUAUCGGGUGAAGCAUAAUUUCUUCCACUUUGAUCCCCUGCAGGGUGAUUUCAAUGUUGGUGGCGUUAAUUUCCAAUGGACCGAUGGUGUCUUUGGCCUUGCCGUUGGUCCCAUGAAUCCUGAUCACUCGAAGGACAUCUAUUUCCAUGCUUUGGCCAGUACCAAAGAGUUUAAGGUCUCUAAUCGUGUGCUGCAAAAUGAAUCUCAUGUCACAACGGGUGAUUCGUAUUAUGAUUUCAAAUAUGUUGGAGAUCGUGGCAUGAAUGGUCAGUCGACGGCAGAAGUUUAUGACCCAGAAACUGGUGUUAUAUUCUAUACACAAGUCAACAAGGAUGCCAUUGCCUGUUGGAAUAUCAAACGUCCUUAUACUCCCGAUAAUCAGGGUCUAAUCGAUUCCGAUUCACAUACUUUGGUCUUCCCCAAUGACAUGAAGAUUGAUAAUGAGGGCACCAUUUGGGUACUAUCCGACAAGAUGCCAACAUAUUUGUACAAGGAAUUAGAUCCUGCAGCUGUCAAUUAUCGCAUAUUGAUGGGCAAAAAUCGUGAUCUUAUUAAGGGUACUCCAUGCGAAAUGUGAGAGCAAGAUGCUUUAAUGCUUUUAAUUUUUGUGAGCGUUCUCUAUAUAUAUAUAAUAUAUUUACAUAUGACAUUAUUUUUGUGCGUUUUGUGUUAGUAAGCCAAUGUAAUAAAAUAUAUAUAUCUCUUUUAGAAAUGUA